UAGUUGAAAUUAACUUGUGUCAAAAUCAGUUUGAACUUUUCUACUAUUUACUUCGUUGGCCUUUUCAACAUUUUUCACAAGCGCUUAUCUCCUCGUCAACCGCGACUUUGCAUUAUUUCAUUUAAUAUUUUUUUAAUUAGUUUUCCUUCUGACCUUCUCUAUAAAUUCAUCUUAUUUUUCUGAUUGGCCAAUUCAAAGAAAAAAGUUAAAAGUAAACCUAAGUUCUUGUUGUUCUGCUACUUCCAUGUCGAUGAUAUCUGGUAUCCAAGGCCAACUUCUUGAAGUCACUGUGGUUUCUUGCAAUAAAUUGAAGGACACGGAAUGGAUCUCAAGGCAAGAUCCUUAUGUUUGUCUUGAAUAUGGUAGCACCAAAUUUCGUACUCGUACUUGCACAGAUGGUGGCAAAAAUCCCACAUUUCAAGAGAAGUUUGUGUUUACGCUCAUUGAAGGAUUGCCAGAGAUAAAUGUUGUGGUUUGGAAUAGUAAUACCGUUACUCAUGAUGAUUUUAUCGGAAGUGGAAAGAUUCAACUACAGAAAGUUCUUUCAGCGGGAUACGAUGAUACUGCUUGGCCAAUUCAGACCAAGAGUGGCAGGCAUGGGGGAGAAGUUCGGCUCAUAAUGUUCUAUGCUAACGCCAAUAAGCCGGCAACAAGUUAUGCUCCAUCAUACACAGCUGCAUACACAGCACCACAGCUGCAUACACCUAUGUACUCCGUUCCUCCACCACAUGUAGCUUCUUGUCCACCAGCAGCAACUUAUCAAACACCAUCUCCGUAUCCUGCAUACCCGCCUCAUUCAGCAGCAUAUCCAUCCACAUCUUAUCCUCCUCCUCAACCAACUGCUUACCCUCCAGCUUAUCCACCACCUUCCGGAUAUCCUCCCUCGUCUUAUCCACCACAUUCAUCAUAUCCUCCCGUGUCUUCUUAUACACCACCAACACAGGACUAUUCCUAUCCUCCAGGUCCAUACCCUGGAACAUAUCCUCCGCGACCUUACUGAGGCCACCUUCUGACAUGCUUGUUUGAAGACUCUGCAUAUAAGUUGCUUAUGGAAAAAAAGAAAAAAGAAAUGUGCGUAUAGGUUUUCUCUGAACAGGUUUCGCUUAGACAUUUCUAUUUUUGUAAAUCAUCAAAAAAUUCAAGGCUUGGAUGACUUGUUUGUAAUCGUUUAUGCUGAAUUUAUUUAUUUUCUAUACAUUCUCAAGAAAGAAACGAGACCAGUUUAUUA